UAUUUAGCAGAAAUUCACCUCUCGAACCUUCUCCUCUCUCCUUAUUCUCUGGAAUCUCUCCUGUUCGUGGCUCCUAGGAUGGGUGGGUCGGUGAAGGAUGUGCAAUCAAAGGCAGAGCUCGAUAACCUGCGCCAGAGCGGCGCACCUACAAUCCUUCACUUUUGGGCCCCUUGGUGUGAUGCCUCAAAACAAAUGGACCAAGUCUUCUCCCACCUCUCCACAGAUUUCCCUCAUACCCAUUUCCUUAGGGUUGAGGCAGAGGAGCAACCUGAGAUAUCAGAGGCGUAUGCCGUCUCUGCCGUGCCAUAUUUUGUCUUCUUGAAGGAUGGUAAAAUUGUUGAUACACUGGAGGGUGCUGAUCCAUCCAGUUUGGCCAACAAAGUUGCUAAAGUUGCUAAUCAAAUUGAUGCUGGCGCAUCUGCUGCCCCUGCCAGCCUAGGAAUGGCUGCAGGUCCCACUGUCCUUGAAACAGUCAAAGAGUUUGCAAAAGAAAAUCAUGCUUCUAAAGCUGAAAAUCAGGUGAAACCUGGACUCAGUGAGGCACUAAAAGAACGUUUGCUGGAACUGAUUAACUCUCAUCCUAUAAUGCUCUUCAUGAAAGGAAGCCCUGAAGAGCCGAGGUGUGGUUUUAGCAAAAAGGUUGUUUCCAUUUUGAAAGAUGAAAAAGUUAAAUUUGGAAGUUUCGACAUCCUAUCAGAUAAUGAAGUUCGUGAGGGUUUGAAGAAGUUCUCAAACUGGCCAACAUUUCCUCAGCUUUAUUGUAAAGGUGAGCUUCUUGGUGGAUGUGAUAUAGCAAUUGCGAUGCAUGAAAAUGGCGAACUGAAAGAAGUUUUUAGAGAUCAUGGAAUUAAUACUGUUGAUGAAAAUGAAACUAAAGUGGUUGAACAGGGUGCUGGAAAGGGAGGCAUCACAGGACCCACAGGGUUGAGUGCAGCCCUUAGCUUGCAGCUCGAACGCCUAAUUAAUUCUGGCCCUGUUGUGCUUUUUAUGAAGGGACAGCCAGAUGAGCCCAGGUGUGGCUUCAGUGGGAAGGUAGUAGAAAUUCUUAAACAAGAGAAGGUUGAUUUUGAAAGUUUUGACAUACUUACUGAUGAUGAAGUCCGUCAAGGGCUUAAAGUUUAUUCAAACUGGUCUAGUUAUCCUCAACUAUAUAUCAAGGGGGAGCUCAUUGGUGGAUCAGAUAUUGUAUUGGAGAUGCAAAAAAGUGGUGAACUUAGAAAGAUUUUAACUGAAAAAGGGAUUGUUCAAAAGGAAUCUCUUGAGGAUCGUUUGAAGAACUUGGUUUCGUCUUCACCUGUGAUGCUUUUCAUGAAGGGUACCCCUGAUGCUCCAAGAUGCGGUUUCAGUUCCAAGGUUGUGAAUGCUCUGAGGGGAGAAGGUAUCAGUUUUGGCUCUUUUGAUAUUCUAAGCGAUGAGGAAGUAAGACAGGAGCUAAAAGCCUUCUCUAACUGGCCAACUUACCCCCAGCUCUACUUCAAAGGUGAGUUGGUUGGCGGUUGUGAUAUUGUGAUGGAGCUGCAAAGCGACGGAGAACUGAAGAGUUCCCUGUCUGAAUAAUAAUUUGUGCUUUUUAGCAAAUAUUUCUCAGGUUGUUGUCAUAUGUGUCACCAGUGCCAUCUAUUUGACAUUAUAGCUUGGUAUAAUUUUUGAUCAAUAUUUGUCACUUUGGAGUUGGUUUUUAAGGUUACACCAAUGUGUUAAAACCUCCCAUAUUAUCAUAACCCAAAAUUUAUUGAGGAUGUUGGUGCAUGCUAAAA